CACGCGUAAGCGUCCAUAAAUCUAGUUAGCAUGGAGUGCUGUUUAUCGGAAGAGGCCAAGGAACAAAAGCGCAUCAAUCAGGAAAUCGAGAAGCAGUUGCGCCGCGACAAGCGAGAUGCGCGCCGGGAGCUUAAAUUGCUCUUGCUCGGCACGGGCGAGUCCGGCAAGUCAACGUUCAUCAAACAGAUGCGUAUUAUCCAUGGCAGCGGCUACUCGGACGAGGAUAAGCGUGGCUACAUCAAACUGGUGUUUCAGAACAUUUUCAUGGCCAUGCAGUCGAUGAUCAAGGCCAUGGACAUGCUUAAGAUCUCCUAUGGCGUUGGAGAACAUAGCGAACUGGCCGAUCUGGUGAUGAGCAUUGACUAUGAAACAGUGACCACAUUCGAGGAUCCAUUUUUGAAUGCCAUCAAAACGCUAUGGGCCGAUGCAGGCAUCCAGGAGUGCUACGACCGUCGUAGAGAAUACCAAUUGACAGAUUCAGCCAAAUACUACUUAAGCGACUUAGCGCGCAUUGAACUGCCCGACUUCUUGCCCACUGAGCAGGAUAUUCUGCGUGCUCGUGUGCCAACCACCGGCAUACUAGAGUAUCCAUUCGAUUUAGAUGGCAUUGUGUUUAGAAUGGUGGACGUGGGUGGUCAGCGAUCGGAGAGAAGAAAGUGGAUUCAUUGCUUUGAGAAUGUGACAUCAAUCAUAUUUUUGGUGGCGCUAUCGGAAUACGAUCAGAUCUUGUUUGAAUCUGAUAACGAGAACCGAAUGGAGGAGUCAAAAGCUUUAUUUAGAACUAUUAUUACGUACCCUUGGUUCCAGAAUUCAUCAGUCAUUCUCUUCCUGAACAAGAAGGACUUGUUGGAGGAGAAAAUUAUGUAUUCGCAUUUGGUAGACUACUUUCCCGAAUACGAUGGUCCACAGCGAGAUGCAAUCGCGGCCCGCGAAUUCAUACUGCGAAUGUUUGUAGACUUAAAUCCAGAUUCCGAAAAGAUUAUCUAUUCUCAUUUCACCUGUGCUACAGAUACUGAAAACAUAAGGUUUGUGUUUGCAGCUGUUAAGGACACCAUUCUGCAAUCGAACCUUAAGGAAUACAAUUUGGUCUAAACUGGAUUUGGACCAGUAAACUAUUUUUGUGAUUUUUACUAUAUAUAUAUAUAUAUAUAUAUAUUUAUGUAUAUAUGCAAGCACACCCCACGCAAAACACAACCCAAAAAAAAAACAACAACAACAACCAUGUAUAUGUAUAUAAAUAUAUACAUUCAUAAUUCCUUUUUCGCAUAUUAAUUAAACACAAAAAACAAACAAAAGAUAGCGUGAGAAGCGGUGGAGUACGGAUGUGAGGCCGAACACUAAGCAUUAAAUAGACCCAAGAAAGUUUCGUAAAGUAAAAAUUGUAAUAUCAGGAACCGAGAAAUGGUAGCAUAAAUAGAGAAAGAGCAAGAGCAACAGCAACAUAUACAUACAGCUACUGUAACAGGCAACAACAAGAAAACAACAACAAAUUUGUGUUUAACGAGAGAAAUGAAUUAUGUAAUAACACAAAAUCUGAUACAAGUACUAAUAAUAUUUAAACAAAUUUAUUACCAUAGAAGAAACUUUUGUAAUAAAAACCGAAACAAGAAUAAAAACCAAAAUUAAGUAACUUACAUUUAAUCAAAAUGCUUAGAGAUCGGAACAACAAACGGAAACAAUUUUUGUCGUACUGAACGAAUGCCAGAACAAGACAAAACCAAAAGAAUGCAAAACAUUUACUGAAGAAACUGCAAAAAAAAGGAAAAUUUAACCUACACACAAGAUACAAGAACUUUUGCAUAA